AUGCGAAGAGUAGCUCUGCUCACACGCACUGCACUACAAACACCGUAUCCGGUUCGAAGGACCAUGAACAAGGUUGUACCAAGGGUCCUUUUCGAAAUUAAAGCCGUUUGAACUUUAAACAACUAUAAUUAUCUCCCAAACAAGUCUCACAAACAAGAUAUAAAAAUACACGCUUGAUGUUCUAAGGCAAACAGUCGUUAGCUAGUUUGAGCAGGUGACAGCGCCAUCUCUCGGUGCAUUUGGAAACUAACCACCACGAUAUGUGUGAUUAAAGUUAUGAAUUGGACACAGUGUAUGUUUGAGUUUAAAGUAAUUAUGAGAUAUAAAUGAGCUACUUUUCUUAUGAACUAUGAGCCAGUGUUGUAAUUAAGAGCAAUAUUCUAAUUGCUAUUAAAAUGUAAGUAUAAUUUAAAUAAAGUUUACAUAAUCUUAACUCAAGUGUAUUUCCAAGAAAUCUGUGCUUUCUGCGAUAAGUGUCAUUUAAAAUAAACAAGUUUUAUGGUUUUGUUAUUGAUGAUCCGGACUUGGAGUUCACAAUACAUAUAAAAGAUAGGUUAUCACUUAAUUAUUCCAUUAAAUGAGCUUAUCAGCAGUAAUUCACGGAACGGGAGUGUCAUCCCUUGACUUUAAUUGAAUAUAAGCGCCAGUUGAUAGAUACUUAUCUAAAGUCAUCCUCGAGACUUCAUUACGUACAGUCGCAUUAUUAAAAAAUUAAAAAUGCAUUUACAACUCAAAGUGAGUGACCAAAAAUUAGCUGCAGUGAGUGAAGCACGAAUUUAGAAGCAGAAGAAAUCAAAACAAUUACUUAGAAGCUGUCAAGUCGGAGCAUAAUUACAUCGUAUCACAGCGAAUAAUUGGAUCGUUUGAGUACUUUUCAAGGGCAAAAAAUUAAAAAAAAAAACCGUUACUUCGACGUCGCCUGCUUGGACAGAUCUCGAGUGAGGAUUACGCCUAAAGAAGCUGAUACUGACUACAUACAUGCUAAUUAUGUUGAUCAUUGUGGAAGACCAAACAAGUAUGUGGCGACUCAGGGACCUCUGAAAGAAACAGUUAAUCAAUUUUGGCAGAUGGUCUGGGAGCAGAAUUCUCGGAUUAUUGUCAUGCUAACGAAACUCCAAGAAAAUGGGAAAGAAAAAUGUGCUCAAUACUGGACUGCAUUUGGUAGCAAACAAAAUAUUUUUGUAACCAAUGAGUUUUCAAUCAAAACAUUGAAAGAGACCAAAAACAAUUCAGGAUACACUAGGUCACUAUUUGAAGUUUUCAAUUCCACUACCGAAGAAAGCAGACUGAUACUACAUUAUCAAUAUGUAGAUUGGCCAGAGUAUGGAGCACCUACCAACACCAAAUCGUUUACAAACCUUAUUUGGGAUGUAAAUGACCAAUAUCGGAGCACUUUAAUCAACGAAGUGAAUAGACUAACACCUGGACCUAUUAUUGUUCACUGUAGUGCUGGAGUCGGAAGAACAGGAACUUUUUGCGCUAUAGACUCUUGUAUCUAUCAACUAGCAAAGACUAAAGAAGUCUCAGUACCGAAAAUUGUAAUGCAGAUACGCGAACAGCGGUGUUUAAGUGUUAUAGCUGUAGAACAAUAUGUAUUUAUUUACACUGUGUUACAUGAGUUUUUGCAGUUAUUUGAUACGUCCGCUGAAAUGAGACAAUUCUUUUGUGAGCCUUGACUGAUGUACUUUACACGUUUGUAUUAAUUAUUUCAUAAAGUUUAUAAAGUAAUUAAAUUAUGAAGUGUGACUCUGAAAUAAAAACUGGUCCAAUAUUGUACUUAGAAGUAAUAUCGUACUUGUAAAUAGAAUGUAAGUCUUAAUUGAUUAAAAUUUUUUACAUUUUAUUUGAUAGUUUUAAUAACUUUUACACAAAUCUGUAUUUAAAUUGACACUUGUAGAGUCGAUGACUGUUUAAAUUUUGCGUGGGCAGAAAACGGAUGUCCUUUGGUUAGCCAGUACCCAAAGUUCUUAUCAAUGAAAACUGAGGGAAACCAACUCGUAACUGUGAAUCAGAAUGAGUACUCCUGAUUGAGAAAUAACAUGAAUAUUGUAAUUGCUAAUUGCUCUCGACAAAAAUGCAGUCAUAACUAUAUUACCAAUAAAUCAGGACCUAUGUUAAGA